UGGGGCCUGGGCCCUGGGCCCUGGCACAAUACAACGCGCCCGUUGACUGACUUUGCUGUGCUCCGUGCUCAGCUGUGUUCGGUUCGGAGUUCGGACAAUCUCCUGGAAAUUCUGAUCGAACCUCCUGCUUGGAGCUUCGCAGCAACACCGUCCUCACCCGCGCUGAAAAAGCACCCAUCUUCCUAUUGCGCCUUUCUUGUAGAGUCAAGUCAGCUCACUUUUCUCGUUUCGAUCCAGAUCCCGUAUUCCCGUUGGAUUCGUUUAUCCCGCGUCCCGCAAGCAAUAUCAGAUCCUUAGCUUCUGUGGUUCUGCACUUAUUCAGCGUCUCUCCAGCUUGGACCCCUUAAAGUGUUCUCCAGGUACAGCUACUUGAAUCGUCAGAAAUGGCCACUGACGCCAGCGGAGGUGGUAAGCCUAGUCUUCUUCUGAGUACUUUACCGAAGCAACUACCAUCGGAUUUUCUGAAAGAGAUUACGGAUGGGUUCUCUGCUGACAGAAAACUGGGUCAAGGUGGAUUUGGAACUGUUUACAAGGGAUUCCUGCAAGACGGGCAAGCCAUUGCUGUGAAGAAGCUCUCAGAUAAUUCCCCAGUGGCAACCGAAAAACAGUUCAAGAAUGAGGUUGGGAACCUUAUGGCCAUCCAGCAUGAGAACAUAGUGAGGUUGUAUGGCUACUGUCAUGAACUGCAGAAGAAAGUGAUAGAACACAAUGGAAGAUACAUUCUUGUGGAUGUGGUUCAGAGCAUGCUCUGCUACGAAUACGCCCCCAAGGGGAGCCUUGACAAGUGUAUUUUUGAUAUAUCUUCUAGGCCUAAUUGGGCCACAUGCUUCAAAAUAAUUAAGGGCAUUUGCCAGGGUUUAUAUUUCCUACAUAAGGGGAUGGAUAGGCCUAUUGUUCAUCUGGAUCUUCAGCCUGCCAACAUACUAUUGGAUGACAACAUGGUACCAAAAAUUGCGGAUUUUGGCCUGUCAAGGCUCUUUGGUGAAGAACAAACCCGAAUAAACACAAUAAAUGUUGUGGGAGCCAAAGGGUAUAUGGCUCCAGAAUAUCUGUACAGAGGGGAGAUCUCAACCCGGUCUGACAUAUACAGCUUAGGCGUACUAAUCAUGGAGAUCACAACUGGGCAGAAGAACUCUCCGAAUGACAAAGACAUGUGUGCAAGGAACUUUAUAAAUCAGGUUUGCCAAACAUGGACAGACGAACACAUGGCAUCCAAGUACUCAUCACUAGAUGCAGACAGCCUCCAGCAAGUAAAAGCAUGCAUUGAAACUGGGCUAAAAUGUGUGGAUAUCGAUCAGAAGAAGAGGCCCUCUAUAGUUGAAAUUGUUGACAAGCUCGAUGGAAGGCUUGCUCUCUGAAUGGUAGUGUAUGCUGCGCAAGGUAAAACUGUGAUGCAGAGUUAAUUCUGCCUAUGGUGAUAUGCUCUAGAUGCAAUCACGGAAACAAUAAUUGUAUCACUUACUAAUUUAUGUACUUAUGAAAAAUAUGUUGCUUGUGUAAUGCAUGUGUUUUGGUUAGCAUCUAGUACACCUUCCAGCCAGUUUUUUGUGUAACUUCAGCUGUGAACAAAAGAUGUCAUAAUGUGACAUACCUGUGAUCUCAAUGUUCAUGUUAUGAUUUUACUCUAAACUAUGUC